GCGAGCGGGGAGCGCGGCAGCGGCGGCUGGGACGACCCGGCGGGAGCGGAGGCCGAGCCAGCCGAGCCGAGCGCGCCCACGCCCCUUCCCCGCGCCCGCCGCCCGCAGCCCCGGCCCGCGGAGACAUGAGCGCCCGGCGGCCCGACGCACCCCAGGCGCAGCGGCGCGGCCCAGCGGCCCCGUGAUGGGCUCCUGCGUGUCACGAGAUCUGAUCACAAGUGCCCACAAGGACGUCCCCAUGCCCCAGGGCACGGACCCCCUGAACCCAGACCUGCCCUCCGGCCACCCACCGUCCAUUGCUCCAGACCAUGUCACUGGCAAGGACAAACAGAUGGAUUUCUGUUGGGAUCCUUGGCAGAGGUGCUUCCAGACCACCAAUGGCUACCUGUCCAACUCCAGAUCCUGCUCUGGCAACUACAACGUGGCAGCCCUGGCCACCUCGUCCCUUGUGGGGGUGGUGCAGAGCAUCAAGGACCACAUCACAAAGCCCACAGCCAUGGCACGAGGCCGCGUGGCCCACCUCAUCGAGUGGAAGGGCUGGAGUGCCCAGCGGUCGGGCUGGGAGCUAUCUCCGGCCGAGGACGAGCGUUACUGCUGCCUCCCGGACGAGCUGCGCGAGGCGCGUUUUGCUGCAGGGGUUGCUGAGCAGUUUGCCAUCACAGAGGCCACGCUGAGCGCCUGGUCCUCGCUGGACGACGACGAGCUGCAGCUCGAGAGCAGCCCCCAGGACGCCGUCCAGCUCCAGGACCUGGAGAGCAUCUACCUGCAGGACAGCCUCCAGAGCGGCCCCUCACAGGAUGACAGCCUUCUGGCCCUCUCCUCUCCCGGCCUCUCCUCCGACGCCUGGCCCUCUCCCGAGGAGCCCCCCAUCACAGCCGCCGGCCUGCAGCCCCCCAGCCCAGCACGGCAGCAUCGGCAGCGGCUGGCAGGGGCCCUGGGGCCCGAGGGUGGGGCCCGCCCGCCGGGCUCCCUCCCGUUGGUGGACAGCGGCUCCCUGUGGGAGGAGGACGAGGUGUUCUACAACUGAGGCGCGGGCUGCAUGGGUCCAGCGCCUGCGCACACCACGACCUUGCCCGGCGGGCAGCCCAGGCACAUGAGGACCCCGCGGUCCAGGCCUGGGCAUCUCGACCCAUCGGGGCAGACAGGGUGGGCGGGGAGCCAGCACUCCUGUGGACCACUCUGUGCCUCGGUGGACCUGCCUCCAGCAGUGGGAGCCAUAGCCCCUCCUCCCUUCAUCACUUGGUGCAGGUGGGCACCUUCCCCAGCGGGGCGUCUGCCUCCAGGGAGCUCAAGGACUCUCUGCAGACACCAGGGCAGCCGGCCCCAGGCGGACACUUGGAGUGGGGCCUGGAGUGGGGCCUUGACCCUGGGGCUCGGUCCCUCCCUCACCCCUCUGUAUAUCUGCCCCCACCAAAGCGGGGGUAGCCACUUCACUCUGGUAGCUAAGCCUCACUCCUCAGCUCCUCACGAGGACGUCUGUCUGUCCCCCACUCUCUGAGCCUGCUUCCUUGGUGCCCGUGCACCCCAUUCAGGGAGCCCACUCACCUCCUCGUCCCACUCCCAUCUCCCCAAAGUUCUCUAAAGACAUUAAAGUCGUGGAUUCA